ACUGAGCAUGCGCAGUAGGAUAUAAACAUAAAGGCGCUGCCCAGCUGCCAAAAUGACUGGCCUAAAAGCAUGAGUAACGGAACAAAUCUCACUUUUACGACAACGUCUUCAUGAGACGUUAUUUCUGAUAACUACGAUCGUUAUCCGCCGCGACUCUGAAGGAUCAUUAUAAUGGACACAGUCCUGAGCAGGCUGCGAACCCUGACCCCAGAUGAGCUGCGGGAGGAGAUCACAAGGGCGGGAUUGAAGUGUGGACCCAUAACUGCCACCACCAGGGGCAUCUUUGAGAAGAAACUCGCCCGAGCUCUUUCGGAGGAUCAGCCGGGAGAGUGCAGUAGUCCAGAAGUGGACGCCGGUGAACCCAGUAGCUCUUCGGACCACGCUCAGUCUCCACCAGCGAAUUCAGAAGCGCUGAGGUUGGACGUGAGUCCUUCAACACGUGUUUCUGAAGAUGCUACUCAACAAGCAUCUCCUGAAUCUCCCUCUUUAUUUUAUGGGGUUUUGCCUCCUCAAGACGAUCCGUCGUUCAACGACGGCUUCCUUCAUGUUUACGGUGACAAGCAGAAAGCACUAAAAGCAGUCAUGACGAUGAAAGGUGCACGGUUUAAAGGUUUCUAUAACAGAAAGGAUGCUGAGGACUUUGCUAAGGGCGUGUAUGAUGGUGGCGUGACACCCAGCAAAAAUUCAGCAGACAAACUCCUGGUUACAUUUACAGCAGAGAGAUCACCAACUUUUGAAACGGCAUCUUUGGAGAAGGCUAACGAGUUCAGAAGUCCGCGCGUACAAGACCUGACGACAAAACUUAGAAGAGCCGUGGAGAAUGGAGACCAAGUGGCUUUUAAAGAGCUUGUCUGGGGUAACCCAAGAUACCUUAUCGGGUCUGGAGACAACCCAACCGUUGUGCAGGAAGGCUGCAGAUACAACGUCCUCCAUAUAGCGGCAAAAGAGAACCAAGCUGAGAUGGCACGUCUUAUCCUGGAGACCCUACAGAGCCCGGAGUUCAUGCGUCUCAUGUAUCCGGAUGAUCAGGAAGACAUGCUCUGGCAACGAAUCAGCUACAUCGUGGACCUGUACCUCAACACGCCUGAUAAAGGGAGCAAUGAGACGCCGCUUCACUUUGCCUGUAAGUUUGGAUGUCCAGAGGUAGUGAACGUCCUUUGUUCACAUCCAGACAUCGAUAAGAACCGUAGGAACAAGUAUGGACAGAUGCCAUUUAGUGUGAUAUGUGAACGGAAAAACAAAAAUAAGGAAACUAAAGAAAAGAUUCAGGAAUAUUUGCAGGAUCGUUUUUUCGUGCCGUUACUGAGAGCCACAGAUAACACUCUUAACCCGGUGAUCGGCGCACCCUGGGCUCCUGGCACCUCUAAAUAUCGCGAUGCGUCACUAAUCCCUGGGUUGAUGGAGGAUCCUAAAAACCCACUGAUGACUAUUAGGGCAUUUGUAGGCCCUCUGAAUUUAUCCAAGACAGAAGAGUUUCACAAGCUGUGGAAAACACCGCCUCGUGACCGAGCGAGAUACUUUCAUCACAUUUUAAAAUCGGAUCCUGAUCGAGGAGCGGAGAGAGUAGGAAGGGAAUUAGCGCACGAGAUGGGGUACCCCUGGGCUGAAUACUGGGACUUCUUAAAUUGCUUCACCGAUCUCUCCACAGAGGACGGCUUGAGCAUGUUGGAGGAUUAUUUGAACAAAUCCGUCCAGCAGAAGAACGAUAUAGAGAAGUGCUUUUUAGAUUUGAAAAGUCCUGCUUCACUCACUGCUCAUAAAAAGCCACCUAAAAUCAGCACGCUGCUCGAUGAUCACCUGUCCCCUGUGACGUCAGUGGACCGAGACAGCCGGACUGAAGGAAACGGUUCCGAGUCUUUCGUUAACAAGUUUCCGGUGUGUGACCUCAGGAAUGAAUUCGAGAGGGUUGCCCUGGACCGCACUUCUGGCGCUGAGGAUGCGACAGAUUCAGGUUUAGGUUGUCUCCCUGGGUCUAGUUCUGAUGGAUUAGAUGGAAGCUCUUUAGGAGCAUGGGAUUGGACCCAGAACGAGGAGGACGACUCCAGCUCGGACGAGUACCACACGGCGGAUGAGGACGCUGACGCCGUCUGCCAGACCGAUAGCAGUAGAGAGCCGCGUACACCACCACGGGCGAUUCUGGACCGUACCGGUCCCUGGAACUGUGAGGAAGAAGAGCUCAGCAGCUCUGUGUCUUCCUGCAGUUCUUAUAAAUCCACACAUGGCUCACCUCAACAUCUCGAGGAGUUUCAGCCAUGUGUUUUUCUCGCCGGUGAAUCUCCCAGUAAGCUGGACAGUCAGGUGUUGUCCGCACUGACCGGAAUAGACGUCGACGAGCAGCGUUUUCCCUGCAUUAGCAGAUGGAGGAACAUUGUUUGCUCAUAUCCUGAAUCUCAGCAGCACCGAUGGCCGUGUAUUAUGGUUACGAACAGACACACAGAGAGUCAGACGUCCACUCCUCGCAGACUUACACACAGCUGGCUGACGGGCUCGCCCGGCUUCCUCCGCGUGAACAACUUCAUGCCUGCGCCGUGUGUGUAUAACCAGUCACCCAACAAACACUCCACAUGCACUUAAUUCUAUAGCACGCUUUCUGUAUUGCUUAUUCAAGUCAUAAUCAAUUAUUUAGACAACAUAAUCACACUUAAUCUCUUGAAGUUUAGCAAUUCUUCAGUUCAGUUAGGUCAGUUAGGAUAUUUCUGUUGUCCCCCACCCCCAUUUACUUCUUAAUUUGUUGUUGGCCAUUUCCCACCCACCUCUCCUGUGGCAUACAACAGCUAGGAUACAGCUGAUGGAUUAGAUGGAAGCUGUUUAGGAGUGUGGGAUCGGACAGAGCGAGGCACCGGAUAGGGUGUAGGCUAACACAUGCUUUUCCAAGACACGCAAAGCCAGCUAACCGCAUCUGCGUCACAGGGCGGUGUAACGCGUUUGGAAGAAUGCGCUAUCCGCCGUCUUCUGCAUACGUCAGCUCACAGUUGCCCACGAUUACCUAGUGUCUCUGUGAUCGAGAGGUGAGAUUAUUAUUAUUAUUUUUUUAUCACAUAUUUUUAUAUAUCCCUCCUCCCACACGGAGAUCACUGAUUUUGCUCCCUUAUACUCCCGGUCCAACUCACGAUCUCUGGAAGACACUUUUCUGUAGUGCCAAUUAGGAUAUUUAACCAAAUUAUGAGGAAAAUGGUUGACUACAUUGAAAUGUAAAAAAAAAAGAAUUGAUCAAUAGUUGUAUGCUUUGUAUAAAAGGUACAUUUGUUCUCCUGUGGUCACUAGAAAAGAAAAAUAGCUUUAAGGAACAUCAGUACCACAGUUGACCAAAUAUUUGCAUGGGAAGAAUUCCUUAGUGCUCUGUACAUAGUUAAUCAUCUUUUUUCCCGAACUUUCUGUACUACAGCACCGUACUCAAAGCAAUAUGCACAAAUCAAGACCGAUGUUUUGGGGGUUUUUUUUUUGUUUUGUUUUUUGCCAGAAAUGUUUGUAUUGCUGAGUAAAUCGAGUUUAUAUGGAGUUUUUGUAUUUAAUGAAUAAUUCACGCUGCAUUGCCUGACUGUUCACUGUGUAUCAUAAAUAAUAUAUCGGCUUGAGGAAUUGCACUACAAUUUUUCUAUAUUAUGUCAAUAUUUGCCAAAGAGAUGAAACAUAAUGUUAAAUGAAAAAUAAACUAAGUACACAGGC